UUGAAAAGUGCCCUCCGAUGAUCUACCUUUUCGCGCCUGUCAGAAUCAGUUUAAAACGCGUUAUUUUUCCUCCGGAAUUUCUUGUUUUCUCCGUGUUCGUCUUGUUAAGGCCCGGGGCUAAUGGCAAGAUAAGCUACAUGUUGGAGACUCGCCGUUUACCCGUGUCUAUCGGUGUGUGCUGUUAAUCUGCUGUAUGUGUGGUUUGUCUGUCUGUCCAUCACCGCUGUCGGCCGGUCUGUCCAUCUGGCUCGCCUGGAAUGGGCCACAACUCCAAAGACUAGAACACACCUCUUUUUAACCUGAGCUCUGCUGUUAGGACACUAACACACUCGCAGAGCCAACAUGUUUUGGAAAUUUGACCUCCACACCACGUCCCACAUCGACACCCUGUUGGAGAAGGAGGAUGUGACUCUGACGGAGGUAAUGGAUGAGGACGACGUCCUGCAGGAGUGCAAGGCCCAGAACCACAAGCUGGUGGACUUCCUGCUGAGGCCGCAGUGCAUGGAGGACCUUGUCACCUACAUCACACAGGAACCCAGUGCCGAUGUCGAGGAGAAGGUUAAAUACAAAUAUCCCAACAUAUCGUGUGAGCUGCUGACGUCCGACGUGGGCCAGAUCAACGACCGUCUGGGAGAAGAUGAGAACCUGCUCAUAAAACUGUACGGCUUCCUGCAGAACGAGCCGCCGCUCAACCCGCUCCUGGCCAGCUUCUUCUCCAAGGUCCUAUCCAUUCUCAUCGGACGCAAGCCCGAACAGAUCGUGGAGUUUCUGCGGAAGCGGGAGGACUUCGUGGACUUGAUGAUCAAACACAUCGGGACAUCCGCCAUCAUGGACCUGCUGCUCCGAAUGCUCACCUGCAUCGAGCCGCAGCAGCUGCGACAGGACGUCCUCAACUGGCUGAAUGAGGAGAAGGUGAUUCAGAGGCUGGUGGACAUGGUUCAACCGUCUCAAGACGAGGAUAGACACUCCAACGCCUCCCAGUCUCUGUGUGAGAUCAUCAGACUGAGUAGAGACCAGAUGUUCCAGGUCCAGGGCUCCUCGGAUCCAGACCCACUUCUGUCCACACUUGAAAAGCAGGAGACGGUGGAGCAGCUGCUUUUUAAUAUCUUUGAAAAAGAGAAGAAUGAAUCUGCAAUCGUCAGCGUCAUCCAGAUCCUCCUCACAUUGUUUGAGACGAGGAGACCAGCGUUUGAGGGUCAUAUGGAGUGCCCCCCUGGGAUGUCCCACCCUUCAUUUUCAGUCAACCACAGCAUCCUGGAGGCUGUGAGACCCCGACUCAAGGACUUUCACCAUCUGCUACUGGAACCCCCAAAGGUCAAUGUGAUGAAGACAACGUGGGGGGUGCUGGACCCCCCUGUGGGCAACACGAGGCUCAAUGUGGUCCGACUGGUGGCCAGUCUGUUGCAGAGCAACACUCACAGCAUCAACACAGAACUCAUCGACCUCAACACACUGGGAAUAAUACUCGAUAUGUAUUUCAAAUACAUCUGGAACAACUUCCUCCACAUUCAAGUGGAGAUCUGCACAGCCAUGAUUCUGGCCAUGCCCCCCGCCCCCACUGAAGUCCAGCCCGACGCGGAGCAGGACACCGCGAGGGAGAGCAUCCUCAUCAAACAUCUGUUUCAAAAGUGCCAGUUUAUACAGAGAAUCGUGGAGGCCUGGAGCUCCAACGAGAAGGAACAGGCGGAAGGUGGUUGCCGACGAGGCUAUAUGGGCCACCUCACCAGAAUAGCCAACUCUAUCGUUCAUAACUGUGACAAAGGCCCAAAUGGACCACAGAUACAACAGCUCAUCUCUGAGCUCCCAGCAGAGGACAGAGAGAAGUGGGAGUCCUUUAUUUCUGGGCAGCUGUCUGACACAAACAAGAGAAACACUGUUGACCUGGUGAACACGCACCACAUCCAUUCGUCCAGUGACGACGAGGUGGACUUCAAAGACAGCGGCUUCCACCAGGACUCCUCUCUACAACAAGCCUUUUCUGAUUAUCAGAUGCAACAAAUGACGUCCAAUUUUAUUGAGCAGUUCGGCUUCAAUGACGAAGAGUUUGCGGAUCAGGACGAUGUUGUGGAUAUUCCCUUUGAUAGAAUAUCAGACAUCAAUUUUUCACUGAAUACAAAUGAAAGUGCGAAUAUAGCUUUGUUUGAGGCGCGCUGUAAGGAGAAGAUCCAGCAGUUCGAAGAUGCCGGCUCAGACGAGGAGGACAUCUGGGACGAAAAGGACGUCACCUUCGCACCAGAGGCCCAGAGACGUCCCAGGAGUUCAGGCAGCACGGACAGUGAGGAGAGCACAGACUCGGAGGAGGAGGACGGGAAGCGGGAUCCCUUUGAAGCGUCCAACCCGAGCACCGACGACCGGAUGGAAGUCGACACAGGACCCGUGUGGACGGCCAAUUUUGACGACAUCCCCAUGGACACGGGUACGUCCACGGCUCCAGCGUCCAGCCCCGCUGCCCCCGCCGCUGUAUCCUCCCCCCCCCCCUCUUCUACAGAAGACUCCGAUGACGCGUCAUGGAGCGCCGCCACCGCCACUCCCCCCGCCCCCUCCAAAGCUGCAACUGGCUGGGCUGAUUUCUCCAACUUCACCCCCGUCAGUCCCAAAGACCCUCUGAGGUGCAAUUCUCCCGUUGCUAUGGAAACCAGCAUGGAGACGAUGGACCCUCUGGGGGUCAAUGCACCCAUGCAGCCUGAAGAUUCUGAAGGCUGGUUGGGUACCAGCGUGGUGUCUCCCACCUCAGCUAAGGAUUGUUGGAGACCUAAAGCGGAGGAGGAGACGGCUUCCUGUGAGCAGCGCAGCAUUACGGAGACGGUCAUCAACGGCUCCAUGAAGGAGACCGUGAGCCUCACCGUGGACGCCAAGACUGAGACCGCCAUCUUCAAGAGAGUUUUGAAAUCUUAUCGCGAUGAAAAGAAGAGUUCCUCCUCACAGACGUGCUCAGGAGUGGAGAGUGGGGAUUCGGAGAGAACGGGCGUCGCAAGCUCGGCCGCAGCCGGCUGUCCCAAAACCGGUGAGAAGUGUCAGCCCAGUGUGGCGCUUCCCAACGGUCCUCUGGAGGAGGUGUCACCCGUGGAGGAGGCCAAACUGGACCAGAGCGCCGUGUCCUCAGAGCCAGCUGUCAACGGGCCGGUGUGAGGGCCUCCCAAGGCCAGCCCACAUCCAGCCUGUUCUGCCACGCAGAGGCUCCUCCCGCUAGCCAGCCGGCGGAGGCCACUUGCUCAGAGAUGUACCCAAUCACACGCCCCCACCAGGACCAGCAAUACUCCUAUUGGCUCAUCACUGACUGACGGACAAGACCGGUGUACAGACACGGGAUGAACUAAAAAGCAAAACGAGAGACUCACUCAAAUGGAUUCAGAAUAACUUUUUUUCUGCAUUUGUUUAUAUACUAUUGUUCUUAUGAGGUGAUGUGCGACUAAUGUCUUGCCACUCAAAAAUUAAAUAGUAAUGUUGCUAUAGUUAAAGAAAUGAUUGUAUGAAUAAAAUAUUUUAUAAAAAGAAAAAAUGUAUACAGAAACAUAAGAUGAAUAACCACAGAACCAGGGAUAUUGCAUACUUAAUACAACAGUUGCUAAGUAUCACCACCGUUGGUCCUCGGUUCCCACCAAUAGAAACGCAUUUUAAAAAGGACAGUUUUAUUUUCGCUGCAGGUAUUUGUAAAUGUUUUUUUCUCUUGUAUUCUUCUGCAUUGAGUAAGAUGAGACUUCUUUUUUUCAGUUAAGUUUUAUUAUGGAAGUAAGAUUAUGUUUUGUUACUGAAGGCCUACCAACACACCUGCCCCUUCCUUAAAGUCUGUGUUCAUGCUCAUUGGGCUAACAGAGAUCCAGUAUGACGUCACCACAGGCAGAUUGCAUUGAGCUAGUGGUUUUAGUUCCAACUAAACUUCUUCAGAAACAGUCCUCUCGAGCCCAAUACUCUUCUUUUUUUUCCGAAGUGCUUAUUACUGGGUCUACCUUGGGUCUUCAAAUAUGAUAUAUAUAUAUAUAUAUACAGGGCUCUCAAGUGUCACGCAUUUCGGUCUUAAGUCACGCACUCCCGCCACACAUCGUAUUUCUCACGCUGAAAAAAACUCUGGUAUGUAAUGUGCCGCAGCGCGCAAACAUGAGCUGGCCGCGCUGCCCUCACCGUGGAGGAAUCAAGCGCUCCCCUGGAGUUCUGCUGUGAGGAGCCACUUACCAGCCAAUCCACACAAAAAAGGGCUACACAAUAGCCAAUCAGAAAAAACCCCGUAUCUGGGUAAGAUUUAAUACAGCAACCAAUGAAAAUAAAGCAUCCUGGAAUUGCGCGCGACUGACAAAUAUCCGAAAAUUUCGUUUUGGGGGGGCGGGGGGUGCUGCUGCUGAUGAUGGAAAUGUCACUCUUGCCUGUCUUCAAAACUUGAGAGCCCUGUAUAUAUAUUUGAAGACCCACGUGCAGAACUACCAGACUUUGGACGGUGUCUCCAUGUGAAAGCCUCGUGGCGCGCUUGUGCUGACGUCACUUCUACCGGGAGACGGUCCCGUUGUAACCGUUGCGCUGCUGACUAAGUUCCAGCCAAGGGUGUUUAAUUCUCUGACUAACUGCUGUGGGGAACCCUCGGAACCGGAAGUGGCUCACCUCCGUCGACCAAUCAAAUUAGAGCUCUCUUUCCUGGUCGCGAGCGGUGGAACCCGCUGCUCUGAGGUGCUCCAUUAUUGAAACGGAGACCGGAGAGAAGGGUCUCGAGUUGUAAACGCCUCCCUCGCGAUGCGCAGCGUGUUCUGUGACGUGUUUUCUGCUAUACGUCAGUCUGAGCGCUCGCGACACGUUCACGAGGCGAUGCUCGAUGGUCCCCGGAUGAAACCAACCGGAAGUAAUAUCGUCUGAUCUUGAUUGGCAGCAGAUGUGAAGCUCCGCCCACAGUGCAGCUGGAGAAGUUCAAUGGCGUCUUUGUUUCAGCCUUUCCAUGGACUCGCUUUCUCUCCGCCAAAUUGUUUUUGUUUUUCUUCAUCUCGGCGUCAAAUGGCUCGCUGGUUGGGGUUUUGGAUCCAAAAUAAAAUGUAACUUUUCUGUACCGUACGAGCUUAGGAAGGGGAAGAAGUUAUUAACGGAUGAUUGUUCAACACACUUUUGUCGGAUUAAUUAAAAUCAUCUUAAUUUCUGAAGAUAA